UCAUGGCAGUGAUGAUAUGUGGAUAUUUAUUUCUGGAGAGGAUGGACAGGAGCUCAAGCCGUGUUUGAGCUCAAAUGUGCAUCUCUUAUCUUUUGGUUGCUUCUUUAUAGGACUCUGGGUGUGGCAUGAUAGCGGAGAUAUGUGGCUUUUCAAUGUGGGUUAACCAGUCAGACACAUGCCUCCUGUUCUCCCACCUACCUCCACUGUGAAAGUUGCAUUGUUUCUGUUGUUGAGCAAGAAAUUUUCCAUGUUUUGCAGUUUCAGGUAUUUGAGCAAUGCCCAACAGGUGUUUCAUCAAAGACAGCACUGUCUGAUUAAGGAUAGAAAAGUUAGUGAUUGAUACAAGGAAGCAUCAAGUGACAAAAUCUGUAAUCAGAGCAUGACUGGAAUCCAGAUAGAUACAGUAAUUGGAUCCAUGUCCGAGUUAGAUGGUUCAAAGUAAUGCUGCAUGAGCAGUAAAAGAGCAGACAACAAAAGGUGGUGAAAGACAAAUAAGUGUGAAUUAAAACAGCAAGAUCUCACACAAUCUAUGAAAAGUAGGUGGAGCUUGUUAUCGAAGAUUUUCCAAAUUUCCUAAAGUUGCCUUUUUUGAUUAAUGACUUUGUCCAUAUAAGGACUUUUGAUGAGACAAGUAAUUCCAGCAUGUUAAAUGCUAUAAAUGUGUGUUUUAUGUCCUUUUGAAUGACAGUAUAUUAAAUAUCUUUGAGGUUUGGUCAAAACAAUGUUUAGAAAUGAUAAAAAGACAUUAUUUGGGCUUUGGUGAAAACUGAUCGACAUAUUUCAUGAUGAGCCUCUGACGUUUUAUUGAUGAAACUCACGUCACAGAUUGAUUCAUGGGGAAAAAAAUUGACAGAAAAAAAUGUUAAUUGAGUGAACUAUAAAAUAAGGCAACAAAGGCAAUAAUAAUAAUAAUGUGUAGAUUGUAGAUUAUCCAGAAAAUGCACCCAAAGGUGUAAAAAAUGUGAGACAUGUAAUUGUUUUGGGAGCAUCAUGUCAAUGAGCUUUGACAUGAUGAAAAGAAAACUGUCACCGUCUUCAAAUGUGUUUUUACAAAUGUAUUUGUUUCAUCCUUUAAAAAGCAUAGUCAUGUCAAAAAAAGAAAAAAGAUUAAGUCAGAAUGUAGGGAUUGUUGUUUCCAUACAUGUGGCGUCAUUUAUCAUUUAAAGUGACAGCUGGUUGUAAACCAAAAUCUGGGCUGUCCUCCUGUUGUCACAGUGUUUGCUCUCCUCCCUUUCACACCACUUACGCAAUCAUCGGCUUAAAAAAAACAACUUUUAAAAUGCAUCAGUUGUUCAACCUGUUGUAGCUUUAUUCUCAGCGUUUGUUAGGAGUAGGACCUCUAUAGAAGGUAAAGCCAAGACUUUGUGUGUAUGUGUAUAUUAAAGGAAAAUGGAUUAGUUGUAAUUUUUCCAUUGGCUCCUCUCUUGUCAGAUAUGAAGAUCGCCUCUUUCAACGUUCAGAGGUUUGGAUUGACGAAAGUCGCUGAUCCAGAUGUCCUGUCAGCUCUAAUUAAGAUUGUGUCCCAGUAUGACAUCAUACUGAUUCUGGAGGUUGUGGAUGUGAGCGGAGAUUCAGUGAAACUCUUCAUAAAAGAGCUGAACAGAGUCAACACCAGACAUCACUACGGUCUGCAGCUCAGCACCCGCCUGGGCCGGAACAGAUACAAGGAACAGUUUAUGUUUCUGUACAGGGAUGAUGUUGUUGAUCUGAUCGACUGCUAUCAGUAUGAAGACAAUCAGGAGGAUGACAUGGAUGCUUUUGCAAGGGAGCCGUAUAUUCUCCACUUCAAACCCCGAAACACAGUGUUGAAGAACAUAGUGCUGAUUCCGGUGCACACCAGGGCGUGGGACUCGGAGAAAGAGCUUGACGAGCUGUACGAGGUCUUCCUCGAGGUCAAAGCCAAGUGGAAAACUGAUAACAUAAUGAUCCUGGGGGACUUCAAUGCUGAUGGAAUAUAUGUCACCUCCAAAGAAAUGAAAGACAUCCGUAUUCGCAGCGAUAAGAAUUUCCAUUGGCUGAUUGGUGAUGACGUGGACACGACUGCAAACACAUCAAACGAGCACAGCUACGACCGGAUUGUUGUGUAUGGAGAAGAUAUGCUUGCCGCCAUUGUGCCAAACUCAGCCAAACCAUUUAAUUUCCACAAAGAGUUUGCGAUGACUGAAGAAAUGGCCCUGAGAGUGAGCGACCACUACCCCGUUGAGGUAGAAUUACGCAGCACUCCUCUUUUCUGGGUGACAAAGAGCCAGCAAAUAUGUGACACCCAGCGGGCAUCAGUGAACAGAGCUGUCACAGAUGGUUUGCAGUCUGAUGUGUUGAAACUGCAGAAGGAAAACCUCCUGAUGGAGCGAGAAAAACUUCAACUUCAGAUCUCCUUAUUAAAACAUCGGGUUGCAGCACUUCAUCUGAAAGAAUAAAUAGAAGACCUCAAACACUUGUGCUUUCACUUUAUUCUUAUCAUUUUUCUGUUAUCAUAUUUUGUAUUUACAAUUUAUAUUGAAACUGGAAUAAAUACUGCUUUAAAAACA